AUGAGCUUGUUUGGGUUAUUGUUAUUGGAUUUGCUGUGGUUUCUCACACUGAUUCGAUGCGAGAUCCAAGGUUCUUCAUUUACCGAUGGUACAUUGUGGUUUGAGAUACCACCAUAUAAGGCCUCUGAAAUCGAUACAGACAGGUUAUAUGAUUACCAGACCUGCAUCAGAUGGCAGCUCAAUUCGCCUGCUACCGUCCUCUUUCUUCAACUAAAACGGGAGGAUUUCCCGGUUCAUGAUAUAGAUCCGACAAGAUUCGGACCUUCCUCCGUACAACAGGGGAGACAAAAACUUCAACUAAGCAUUCAUGACCUGAUCUCUGGUGCUUUAAUUCUAAAAGAUGAGAAUGUCCCCACUUCGGGUAGGACCUUAAGCUUUUCCGUAGGUAGUCUGGAACUGUUCGACAUUUGUUUUAUAAAUAUAUCAAGCGACUCAUCCUGGAAAGCCAUAGAUAUGGUGGCGGCUUUAGAGAUGUCUGUGUAUUCGGUGGACGAGUCAAGUGCAUUUGCUAUUACUUCGAUAACCACACAAGACAUGGACUUAUUAUCUAAUGUUGCAAAAGAUACCUACCUUUUAGUUAACCCCACAGGCAGCGGAGACCUUUUAAUAUCUGAAGAAGCAAGAAGAAAUCUCAAUGAAUCUACAUAUUCUUGGUUAAUGUACAGACUUUUCACAUUAACCAUCACAAUGUUCAUUAGCUACUGCAUUAUCGUACCAAUAUUCCUUAGAAUAUUAAUCAAAUAA